AUGGCCGACACGGACCCGGACGAGCACCGGCGCGCGCGGCACCGCGUGUCGCGCGAGCGGCGGCUCCGCGAGGAGCGCGAGGCCCGGGACGUCGUCGACGCCGCGAAGCGCGCGCGGUUCCUCGUCUGCGCGGCCAAGACGGCGCCCGUCAUCACGACGUCGCUCCGGGACGUGCUCCGCCAGCGGAAGUCGCUCCUCAAGGGCGCGGACGUGCCCGUGUUCCGCGACGCGGCCCAGUCGUGGGCCGACUACGCCGCGGCCGACGCGGACGAGUCGUCCGGGUCCACGCGCCUCUCGUCCUUCUCGACGCCCCUCACGCGCUCGGCGACGAGCUACGGGGGCCGCCGGUCCGGCGGCGCGUCGAGCCGCGUCGUCGUCGUGCCCGGCUCCGGCGCCGUCGUCGCGGAGCCGGGCGCGCCGCCGCGCGAGCCGGACGGCGACGACGCGGACCCGCGCGGCGACGACCGCGACGACGACGACGACGACGGCGCCCCGCGGUCCGCGCGGCGGUCCCGCGCCGGCGUGGGCAAGGCGCGGGAGCGGUCCAUGGUCGGCGGCUACCGCACCGUCAAGGAGAUGCGCGACGCGGGCGAGAAGAAGUCCGCGGUCGACGCGAGGCAGACCAUGGUCCACGAGGCCAUCGAGGACCACGCGACCGUGGCCCAGCGGCGCGCCGUCGCCGAGCGGCUCUACAACAAGAAGAAGGCGCGGGAGCAGCGGGCGACGACCAUGCUCGUCAAGGAGAAGCGCCACGAGUCGGCCGCGCGGGAGCUCGCGGCGCUCAAGGACCGCCAGGCCGCGGCGCGCGCGGAGCACAAGAAGGUCAAGCUGCGCCAGCAGUACGUCGCCGCGCGCUACAAGGGCGCCGCGUCCGUCGAGGCCAAGGCGCAGAUGCUGCGCGCGCUGUCGGCGCACAUGGCGCACCAGAAGAAGCGCAAGGACGCGCGCGAGCGGUCGCGCGAGCCCGAGAUCGUCGAGAAGGUCAUCAAGAACCGCGACGGCAUGGGCUACCGCAAGCAGUCCGUCGUCGCCGGCGCCGCCGACGGCGCGGCGCUGCCGGGCAUCGCGGACGUCGCGCCGCCGACGCUGCGGCGCACGUCCGUGGUGCUCCCGGACCCGCCGGCGAGCGGCGACGGCGGCGACCGGUCGCGGCGGCGCGCGCGGCGCCGGAGCGAGGUGCCCCGGGAGGUCGCCGAGCUGACGGGCGCGCGCCCGCCGGCGGAGCCGGACCUGAGCCUGUCCGUGGACUCGCCGGGCCCGGGCUCGCCCGACGCGCGCGCCGCGCCGCGGCCCUCGCCGGCCAGGGCGCGCCACUCGAUGCGCCGCGGCGCCUCCGACGCGCCGUCGCCGCGGCGAGCCUCGGCCCAGACGCCGCCGGGCCCGCGGCCGUCGUCGCCGGCCGCGCGGCCCGCGCCCACGGAGCCCACGGAGCCGCCGUGCUCGUCGACGUCGGAGGUGUCCGUGACGCUGCCCCAGGCCUACGCCGAGUCGCCGCCGCCGACGCCGCCGACGCCCAUGCCCCAGAUCAAGCGCCGCCAGGCCAUGCUCAUGGCGUCGACGAGCCAGGGGUCCCAGGAGCCCACCGUCGCCGAGGAGGCGGCCGACGACGCGAGCCUCAACUUCUCCCAGUCCCUCGACGACGCCGCGUCCAUCGCCACGGGCGAGAGCCUAGCGGGCUAA